AUGUCCGGUAUCUUCGAGCAACCGCGGAACGCGGGUACUCUGUUCUUGGGUGGGCAGAAAAUCACCGGCGCUGAUGUUCGGGAGCAAAACGUACUCGCGACGCAGGCUAUUGCGAAUGUUGUCAAGAGCUCUUUCGGCCCCUCGGGUCUCGACAAGAUGAUGGUGGAUGACAUUGGAGAUGUGACCGUGACUAACGAUGGAGCGACGAUCCUGAGUCUUUUGGAUAUCGAGCAUCCUGCCGGCAAGAUUUUGGUGGAUUUGGCCCAACAGCAGGAUAAAGAGGUUGGAGAUGGCACCACUUCCGUCGUGCUCAUUGCUGCCGAACUCCUGCGCCGUGCCAAUGAGCUUAUGAAGAACCGGAUCCACCCUACGACCAUCAUCACCGGUUACAGAUUGGCCCUCAGAGAAGCAGUCAAGUAUAUGAAUGAGAACAUUGCUUCCAAGGUCGAGAAUCUCGGAAAGGAUAGCCUGAUCAAUAUCGCGAAGACGUCGAUGUCGAGCAAGAUCAUCGGUGCCGAUGCCGACUUCUAUGCCAACUUGGUUGUGGACGCAAUGCUUCUGGUGAAGACGACGAACCAGAAGAAUGAGGUCAAAUACCCCGUUAAGGCAGUCAACCUGCUCAAGGCCCAUGGCAAGAGUGGUACCGAGUCGAUGCUCGUCAAGGGCUAUGCCUUGAACUGCACCGUUGCCUCCCAGGCCAUGAAGACCCGCAUCACGGACGCGAAAAUUGCUUGCCUUGACAUGAACCUACAGAAGGAGAGAAUGAAGCUGGGCGUUCAGAUCACAAUCGACGACCCCGAGCAGCUGGAAAAGAUUCGUGAGAGAGAAUCAGGGAUCGUUAUCGAGCGUGUGGAAAUGAUCCUCAAGUCUGGUGCAAAUGUUAUUUUGACCACCAAGGGUAUCGAUGAUAUGGUCCUUAAGCUCUUUGUCGAGCGAGGUGCCAUGGCGGUGCGGAGAUGCAAGAAGGAGGACCUGAGACGGAUAGCUAAGGCUACCGGUGCUACUCUUGUGAGCACGCUUUCCGAUCUGAAUGGAGACGAAAAGUUCGAAACAUCGUAUUUGGGAUAUGCCGAGGAGGUUGUGCAGGAGCGGAUAUCAGAUGAUGAGUGCAUCCUUGUGAAGGGCACCAAGGUCCAUACAUCAGCUUCGAUCAUCCUUCGGGGACCUAAUGACUUCAGCUUGGACGAGAUGGAACGCUCUGUUCACGACUCGCUGUGUGCCGUCAAGCGUACCUUGGAGAGUGGAAGCAUUGUUCCGGGAGGUGGCGCUGUCGAGACUGCCCUUCACAUCUACCUGGAAGAAUUCGCCGUGACAGUGGGCUCCCGCGAGCAACUGGCCAUUGGAGAAUUUGCGCAAUCUCUCCUCAUCAUCCCCAAGACCCUGGCUGUCAAUGCCGCCAAGGACUCCUCCGAACUUGUGGCCAUGCUCCGCGUGCGCCACGCCCUCUCCCAGCGUGCGCAGGAGGAGGGCGCCAAGGAGGAUGAAAAGGCGAUCGCCAAGAAGAAGACAUACCGCAACUACGGCCUGGACCUGUCCAAGGGUAAAGUCCACGACUCUCUCAAGGCUGGCGUCUUGGAGCCCAGCAUGAGCAAAAUCAAGCAGCUCAAGAGUGCUGUCGAGGCCUGCAUAGCCAUCAUGCGUAUCGAUACGAUGAUCAAGCUUGACCCCGAGAGACAGGAGGAUGAUGGACACGGUCACUAA